AUGUUUACUUCGGGCAUUGUUGCAGGCUUGCUGUUCGCAGGAUUGGCUCAAUGUGCCAUUCCUUUGUGCCCGGCGCCACCCCAGAAUGCAAGCAAGCCUAUCCUUGACUCGUUCGUCUCGUUCUCGAUCGAGUUCUCAUCAUUCCCGGACUUUGCUGGCAAUUCAAGCAACCCGAAUGCCUUCUCGUACACCCUCUUGAAGAACCUUGGAGGGCUUCAGGGCUCGAAUCCAAUCAUCAGAGUCGGUGGAAACACCCAGGACUAUGCCACGUUCGAUGCUUCUCAAACAGAAGCAUUGAUCGGAAGUUUCAACUUCAAUCGAUCCAAAGACUAUCCGACCACGAUAUCAAUCGGCCCAUCAUAUUUCGACUCGUACUCGACAUGGCCCAAUAUGACGUUCUUGCAUGGCUUCAACCUGGCAAAGAAUGGCACCGUCGGCUAUGAUACCCUCAUCGGCACUGUCCCCUUGGCUUGCAAAGCACUGGGCAAUGGCAAACUUGCAUACUGGCAGCUGGGCAACGAGCCUGACCUCUACAAGACCAGCUCCCAGGGUCCAGUUAGACCGAGCUGGUGGAACGAGACCGACUACGUCCAAGAAUGGCUCAAUAAGACUCGGAUCAUGAAACAGCUUGUCCAGGAAAAUUGCCCAGAGGUGGUCGCCCAAGGCAAGUUCAAGUUCUACGCACCAAGCUUUGGAGGUGCAGGCAACAGUCUCAACCUGAUCAGGACCUGGAAUGCCGGACUGGAUGCAGACAAUGACAUCGCUUUUAUCGACAGCCAUAAGCAACCUGGCGUGACAUUGCAAGGCACCCUGAUGAAUCACACGUCGACCGUCCUGUCGGUAGCCAAGCAUCUGAACGAAUCCAAUCUCCUUGCCAACACCGGUCUGCCAUACAUACUCGGCGAGACGAACAGCCUCUACAACGAAGGCGCACCGGGUCUGUCAAACUCCUUCGGUGCCACUCUGUGGGGUGUCGACUUCAACCUCUACUGCGCCGCUACGGGCAUCGGACGUGUCCACAUGCACCAGGGCACCAAUUACCGCUAUGCAUCAUGGCAGCCCGUCCAGACCGUCAAUGAGACCCUCGGCACAAAAGCCCCGUACUAUGGGAAUAUCAUGGUCGCAGCGUUUCUCGGUGACCUGACGGCCAACAAUGUGAGCAUAAGCGACAUCGAGCUGGGCAGUACCUACCAGAACGCGUACGCAGCGUAUGUCAAUGGCCGACUGGAGCGUGUUGCCAUCAUUCAAAUGCGGGCUUACAAUACCACAACCGGCGCGAGUGGGCCACGACCGAGCGAGACGUUCACCUUCCAGCUGCCGCCUGGUACGAACAAGGGCGCAAGUGUUAAGAGUGUUGGCGUGCAGAGACUCCUGGCAAACGGAAGUGAUGCGAUCACGGGGAUCACAUUUGAUGGGUACUCGUACAAUUACGAGCUGGAUGAAGGGAGACCGGUGGUGCUCAACAACGUCACCAGGAACGAGGUCGUUCAGGUUGCUCAGAAUGGAAUGGUGACUGUGGAUGUGCCGUGGUCGAGCGCGGUCAUAUUGAAUCUGCACUGGUGA